UCAACUUCCGCCCUGCGUUCCCUGAGCCUCAGCUAGCAAAACCCGACGAGCUGCGCCGGUUUUUACUUUGUUUUCUGUCCUCCGUGAAGCAGAAGCCGAGAGGACACACGGACACACAGUCACCUCCACCAAAACCCUACCUGGCAACAAAAACAAAAUAAAAACAUAAACAUGGGUGACCCUGAAGUGAACCCCAAGGCCUACCCGUUGGCUGAUGCCACUUUGACCAAAACCAUCCUGGAUCUUGUGCAGCAAGCCGCCAAUUACAAGCAGCUCAGAAAAGGAGCCAAUGAAGCCACUAAAACGUUGAACCGCGGUAUUGCCGAGUUCAUCGUGAUGGCGGCCGACGCUGAGCCGCUGGAAAUCAUUCUCCAUCUACCUCUGCUCUGCGAGGACAAGAACGUGCCGUACGUGUUUGUGCGCUCCAAGCAGGCUCUUGGGCGUGCCUGCGGGGUGUCCCGUCCUGUCAUCGCCACCUCGGUCACCAUAAAGGAGGGCUCCCAGCUGAAGCCUCAGAUCCAGUCUGUACAGAUGGCUAUAGAGAGACUGCUGGUGUAAGCAGAGGCUCAUGGGAGUGACGCCUGAAGGGGUUCUCGGGCUGCGUCGCUGAAAUUUCUGUACUCGGAACAAGCAGCGAUCGUAUUUGUUAAAGCUUUGUUUCUUUUUUCCAAAAUGGCACAGUGACAAACUUUAACACUGAGUGGUUCUGUUUCUCUUUAUACUGCAACACUUGAAUGUUUUUCUAUCUGAAGCUAUGGGUUUUUUGAAAGAAAGUUUUUGAAUGGGAAAGGUAUGUGUGCCAAUCAUUUUGAGGUGUUAUGUCAGUUUUGAGUGCGCUACUUUAGCAUGGCAAUCGCAGGUAAUGUCUUUUUUUUUUUUUUUUUUUUUUUAAAUCAUAUGAUGUAAUAUCAGGAGGAUGAUCAUUCCAGUGUUGGCAGUUUUUAUUGUUUGAUAAGACAAUUUUUUUUUUUUUUUUUUUUUUAAAUUAAGGUCUGAUGAUCAGAACAACCUGUGUUGAAAUGUAUUCUUGUCACUAAAGUGUUUAAAUAGGAA